GAGAUUCGUAUAAACGAAAAGAAUAGAAGAACCCAGGAAGAGUGUCGAGGAGAAAGGCAUGAAAAAUCAGGGAGGAGAGCUUAAGGGUUUGGCCUGGAAGCUUCCGCAUGUCAACUCGAAGCAACUGGGUAAGCUGGGUCCCGCUUUCGGCCUCGGCGCUGGCUGCGGUUUUGGUUUCGGCAUCGGUCUUCUCGGUGGUGCAGGAUUUGGUCCUGGGAUUCCCGGCUUACAAGUUGGCAUUGGAUUUGGUGCUGGAUGUGGGAUUGGCUUAGGUUUUGGCUAUGGUAUGGGGAGGGGCAUUGCUUUGGAUGAAAACGGGAGAUACUCUAAUGUUGGGCAUCUUUCUCAUGGUUCUAUGAAUUUUCCCUCUCAGGAUGAGAUUGGUGCACUUGUUGAUGAGAUUGUCAUUAAUACCAAGAAACUUAUCCGAGCAACUUCCAGAGAGGUUGACAAGUGGAGAAGAUGAGGUCAAGCUCCUGCUGUAUAAUCAAACGAACCAUGAUGGUUUCUAGAUAGAUUCUGUACACAUGCAUUUCCACAAGGAAAUAUAAAAACCUUUUUCUAUGCAUGCAUAUUAUGUACCCCCUCUUUGAGUUAAUGUGAAAUUAAUUACUUCCCAAUUUGGUUAUCUAGAAAAAAGAGAGUGCUUAUGGUGGACUCUGCUAUACAUAUUAUAGAGAGAAACUCUUGUCCCACCCACACUUGACUGGAAACGCGGUUCCUUGAGGGUGAAAGAUCCUCAAAAGCUGUUUCUAGAUCUUUAAAACCCAAAUGAGUAUUGAUAUUUAAGAUGCAAAACACAAUUCGGACGAAACGUAUUUCUCUCUGGGUGAUGGCACUCAUUUUGUUCGGAAUCAGAUGAGCUGCAGUGCAUAGAACUUAAACAUAUCACAUAUGCGAUGUGGACUGUUGGUGCCGAUUCUAGGGGAAGCAAAGUUUAAAGGGGAAGAUGCAUCAGAGGCACCGUGGUGAACCGUGAAAAGGAUAUAUGGUGGGAGGUGGGUGCAAAAGCACAUGCUAGCUCCAAUUUGCCCAGCAAAGAAAGGAAAAAUCGGUGUGAAAAAUUAAAAGGGGUUACACUCACAACCUCAAGAAAAACAAAAGUCACCCCGUUAUGUACGAUUAGCAGCUGUGGACGAGAGCAAAUUUCCACGGAACAUUGGAUGGGACAUGUUAUCCAAAUCGAUGCAAUCUACAAGUUCAGGAUCAGGAGCAUUCCACGUCAUCACAAUCGUCUGCCAUAUUAUCUCAACCCGCCCUAUCAUAUCGCUGCAAUGGAUUGCGCAUUUUCACAAUGCAAAUCAACCAAUCAAAACCCAUGAACACUAAUCCUACAUGGAAUGCCCACGUCCACCAACUCAAGCUUAUAGUAUCUCAUUUCUCGAUCAUUUGCAUUCUCCACUACCACGCCAAUCCUACUUCUAGCUAGCCACAAAAGGUUUCAUUUCCGGCGACCCAGAAAAUGGCUUCUCUGGCUGCAUCCACUGCGGCUGCCUCUCUUGGCGUGUCGGAAAUGCUCGGAAACCCUCUCAACUUCAGCGGUGCCGCCAGGACAUCAGCUCCAACGGCCUCCAGCCCCGCCACAUUUAAGACUGUUGCUCUCUUCUCCAAGAAGAAGGCGGCACCGCCUAAGUCAAAGCCUGCUGCUGUUUCUCCUUCCGACGAGGAGCUCGCCAAGUGGUAUGGUCCUGACAGAAGGAUUUUUUUGCCGGAAGGCCUCUUGGAUCGAUCCGAGAUCCCAGAGUAUUUGACCGGAGAAGUUCCUGGAGAGUAUGACGUUUCUUCCUCUAAAACUUGUCUCUUUCAGAAAUAUAUUGGAUGGUGCUAAGUUUGGCCUUUAAAGUCAUAGAUUGCAAUUUCGUUUGGGUGAAUAAUCUUGCUUAUUCAUUUCGAUGCAGUUAUGGUUACGAUCCUUUUGGGCUUAGCAAGAAUCCAGAGAACUUCAGCAAAUAUCAGGCAUACGAGUUGAUUCACGCCCGUUGGGCCAUGCUUGGAGCUGCUGGAUUCAUUAUCCCAGAGGCCUUCAACAAAUUUGGUGCUAACUGCGGCCCUGAGGCUGUCUGGUUCAAGACAGGAGCACUACUCCUUGAUGGGAACACAUUGAAUUACUUUGGGAAGAACAUCCCCAUCAAUCUUAUUUUUGCUGUCGCUGCUGAGGUUGUUCUCGUUGGUGGUGCAGAAUAUUACAGAAUUAUCAAUGGCUUGGAUUUGGAGGACAAGCUUCACCCAGGUGGUCCUUUUGAUCCAUUGGGGCUUGCAAAGGAUCCGGACCAGGCUGCAAUUCUGAAGGUGAAGGAGAUAAAAAACGGUAGACUUGCAAUGUUUUCCAUGCUGGGUUUCUUUAUUCAAGCUUAUGUCACUGGAGAAGGCCCUGUUGAAAACCUUGCAAAGCAUCUCAGUGAUCCUUUUGGAAACAACUUGCUCACUGUUAUUGCUGGAUCUGCCGAAAGAGCUCCAACCCUGUGAUUUUAAAGUUUCCUCUUGCUCUGCACUCAGCUUAGAUGUGCAUUAAUUGUACAUGCCACUGAGAUAUUCUCAAUGCAUUUAACCUUGAUCCUUGAACUUGAAAGUUGAAUGUCCGGUUGUGUUUCAAUUAAUUUAUACAGACCUAGCGUUGUUCA